CUUAAAAGUCACGCCCCUAAUAACAAGUUACUACAGUGCUGCAAUGGAAGACCCUAACAUAUCUGUUCUUGAAACCCACGCGUGAGAUCAAAGUGUUGGGUGCAACAAAGGUGAAACUGAUGCACUGAAGAAAAAAUCAAAGAGAGGUAAAACAUCAAAGAUGAACUGUACAGCUCCCAUUCCCAACAAAGAACUUGGGCUAGAUCUGGAAGACUAUUCAUGGGGGCAGACAUUGUUGGAUGUGAAGGUUGAAAUUCCUAUCCCCAACGGAAUAAAUUCAAGGUCCAUUGAGUACGAUGUUACGAAGAAUCACCUAAAAGUUGGUCUUAAGGGUUACCCACUAAUAAUCAAUGGACAACUAUUUGGAGAAGUCAAAGCUGAGGAGUCAUUCUGCAAGUUAGAGGGUCCAUAACAAGAUGGCUGGUGGAAAACACUCUCUCUAUGCCUCCCAAAAAUUAAGCGGGAAUGGUGGACCUACUAUACUAAGGCUGAGCCGAAAAUCUAUUUGAGAGAAGCUAAAGUUAGCAACAGAUGGGUCAAAUGUUGCAAUAGAUGGCUCAUAUGUUGCAACAAAGUACUUAGUUGUUGUAAAAUA